AUGGACAGCAAGCCCUGUCGACAGGCAGUUGGCAGCUUAAUGGUUGCAGCAACUGUCUCAUGGCUGUACAUGAUCUUUGCUGUGAGUAUGGUGAGUAGGUUUCUAUAUAAUCCAGGUCUUAAUCAUUGGCACGCUGUUAAAAGGAUUAUUAAGUAUCUGCAAGGGACCAAGGACCAAGGAUCAAGCCAUAAGCAGAAAGGUGUAAUCAUACCAAAAAUUGAGGCCGAAUACGCAGCAGUGUCAACUGCUGCUACUGAAGUUGUUUGGUUGCAUGAUUUACUCAGUGAAAUCUGUUUUUGGCUAUAA